AUGCCAGGGACACUCGCUCUCGCAACGGCGCAGCUCGCAAUUAUUUUAGACCGGCCGCUGGACGGCAAACCGCACCGGCCCGGCGAUACAAUCGCCGGCCGAGUAUACCGCACGGCGCCAGGAGUCGCCCCAGAAGCCAAAGUCACAGUCACGAUCCGUGGGCGCUGUAAGUCGAAGAUCAAUAUCCGACGGGGCAAUUCCACGUCCGUCUACAGAACCAACUUUGACGCCUUGAGCACGCCGACGGGGGUCGAGACACAUGUUCUGACUCUCGGACAGCCGCUGCAUAUCCCCCAAGGCAGUCCCGGGGAGUCGUGGCCGUUUGCGAUCAAGAUCCCAGACCUGGUCUAUGACAUCCGCGACGAAUGGCAGCAGAAGUAUUUUACCGCGCCGGGCGGCCACCUGGACACGCCGUUCCCGCCGCCGGCGAGCUAUGUGUUUACCGGGAGCUCGCUCAUGGGGGAUUCCUGCUAUGCAUUUACAGAGUACUGGGUCGAAGCGCACAUCGAGCUCUUGCGGCAGCACAAGGGGCGGACGGUGGCCGACCGGCACACGGCCAUCGCGCCGUUUCCGCUGCGAAACGUCCACCUGGGCCCGGCCAUCACCGAGUUCAAUAUGCGCGAGUUCAAAAGACACCAUACGACGUGGGCAUACCGGCUCGUCCCCGGUACCACCAAGAUCAGUUUCGGGCAGAAGACGAGACAGCUGUUCGCCUCGUCCAAAGUCCCAAAAAUCGGCCUCCGCAUCAGACUCUCGCUGCCCCAUACAUUGCAAGUCGGCAACGAGCAGACCAUCCCAACCACUCUACAUAUCGACCCUGACCUGGACUCAACGAGCCUCGCCAUUCACGGUAUCCAACAAGAGAUCCUCAUCACAGCGGUCCGGGUCAAAGUCAAGCCGACGACGACCGUGCAGGCCGAGCGGCACGACUUCUCCAAAUCCACCGAGAGCGUGAGUCUCGUUCCGCCGGGCAACGGCAACCGGCCACUGCGCAUGGUAGUGACUCCUGGCGGAAAGGCCAGCGAACCGCUUGCCCUGGGCGAGAUCCUGGGGAUCAGGCUGCCGGCAGGCUGCCUGUAUCCAAAUCUGAUCACGUACAAUAUCGUCCGCUCGCAUGAACUGAAAUGGGAAUUGGACGGCGAGAUCGCCGGGAGUGCAUUCAAGCUGGGGUCCUGGCACCCAGUGAGGGUCUUACCUGAGCCAGACGUGGAGGGCCCUCCACGGUACGCCCCUUGACCGGGCCCCGGUCGCGAUAGCGGGCGUAAACUCAAUGCCCAGAGCAGUAAUUGUAGUGGCAACGGCAGUCAUCCUGGUUACUCCGACAAGGGGGAGGCGCUUCCGAGUUACGGCGAGUUGGCUGGCCAGACACGAGCGUUAGUAACAUGUGUUAGUGACGGUGUGGAAGACAACGCGGACGAUGCCGAUCCGGAGUAACGGAGAAAACCUCCGCCUUCGUUGAUGCCUGGGUAUCCAGGCAUAAACUCAGGCAUCAGCUCAGUCGACGGCUCUGUCGACGCAUUCACGAUAUUUCGACUGAAUGGAGACCAGAAAGUUUCUCUCAAUUAGGUUUGAUAAAUCUUUACCAUAGGAUGAUCUCCAGAUCUGAAGAGGAUCGUCGUCUUAUACGGAGAUGCUAAGAAUUGAGACGCUACUGUGGAGGUAUAAUACGGGCUGUAUAGUCUAGACCGGCUAUUCUUAGAACUGCCACAAUUUGCGAUCGC